CCUCGGCAGUGUUCAGUUGUAGUCCUCGGCAGGAGCAGACUGUUUUCUUGGGGAACUUUCUCUUUGAAGUCCGACGCCAUGGAUGAACCCAUUUCAUCCAAAGCCGAAACUCCACUUCCAACUAACUCAGACCAAGGAUACUCGGUAAAUGGAGACGAACCCAUGCCCGACCUUCCUCAGAACCCCGCCGAUUCUUCUUCCUCCGACUCUGAUUCUGAAGACGACGAAUCCAACCAAAACCUUCACCUCCAGUCCCUUCAAUCUCAGCUCUCCUCCAAUCCCUCCGACUACGAUGCUCACGUUCAAUACAUAAAGAUUUUGAGGAAAGUUGGUGACAUCGACAACCUCAGGAAAGCAAGGGAAGCAAUGAGUGAGAUAUUUCCAUUGACCCCUUCAAUGUGGCAGGAAUGGGCCGAGGACGAAGCAUCUAUUAGUACUGGACCUGAGGCUCUUGCUGCAAUUGAGAGACUAUAUGAGCGAGGGGUGUUUGAUUAUCUGUCAGUUUCUUUUUGGCUUGACUACUUAAAUUUCAUUCGAGAAUAUGAUCCAUUGGUGCAAGAUUGUGCAACUUCUGGAAUUAAAAAGGUUAGAGAUUUAUUUGAACGUGCUCUCACAGCCGCUGGUUUGCAUUUCACUGAGGCUGAAAAAUUAUGGGAAGCAUAUAGAGAUUUGGAGAAAUCCAUAUAUCAAACCAUUGCUGAAACUGAUGCUCAGGCAAAGGAAAAACAAGUCCAGCUAAUCCGAAGCAUUUUCCAUCGUCAGCUGUCACUUCCUCUAUCUAAUAUGAGUUCAACACUUGAGGCCUAUAAAGCAUGGGAGAUGGAAGUGAAACAAGAAUGCGCUCUUGAUACGGAAUCUAAUUAUUCUGAUGGGGUUCCCACUCAAGUGGCCACAACUUAUCAAAGAGCAUUGGAUAUGUAUAAUGCCCGUGUUCAACUGGAAGACCAAAUAUCGAAACAGGAUUUAACUGAUACUGAAAGACUUCACCAGUACAUCAUUUAUCUAAAAUUUGAACAAUCUGCUGGAGAUCCAGCAAGGGUCCAAGUUCUGUUUGAGCGUGCAAUUGCCGAUUUUCCAGUAUCGGUUGAUCUUUGGCUAGAUUAUACCUGUUACAUGGACAAAACUUUGAAGGUGGGCAAUAUUGUGAGGAACGUUUACUCCAGGGCGACUAGGAAUUGUCCAUGGAUAGGUGAUCUUUGGGUUCGAUAUUUGCUUGCUCUGGAACGUUCUCAUGCUUCUGAAGGUGAAAUUGCUUCAGUCUUUGGGAAGUCUUUGCAGUGCUCAUUCUCAACCUUGGAUGAGUACUUGGAUUUGUUUCUUACACGAAUUGAUGGCUUGAGGCGAAGAAUCUCAUCUGGAGUUCAGCUAGAGGAUGCAUUGGAAUAUUCAUUGAUUAGAGAGACCUUUCAGCGUGCAUCAGAUUACUUAUCACCACAUCUAAAGAAUUCAGAAGUUUUGGUGCGUUUGUAUGCUUAUUGGGCCCGUUUGGAGAUAAACAUGGGGAAAAAUCUAGAUUCUGCCCGUGGAGUUUGGGAAAGUUUGCUUAAGAUCUGUGGCUCAUUAUCGGCAGCAUGGGAGGGUUAUAUAGCAAUGGAAGUUGAGUUGAACCAUAUAAAUAAUGCCAGAUCCAUAUAUAAGAGAUGUUACAGCAAAAGAUUUCCAGGGAGUGGUUCAGAGGAUAUUUGCCAUUCCUGGUUGCGUUUCGAGAGAGAAUUUGGUAGCCUUGAAGAUUUUGACCAUGCUGUUCGAAAGGUUAACCCUCGCCUGGAAGAGUUGAAGUCAUAUAAGUUACAGAUUGAUGACUCAGAAAAUCCUGUAAAGCAGAAUGAUCGUAGUAAGCGAAAAUUGGGUGGAGAUGCACCCAAUGUAGAGUCUCCUGCUAAGAAACUGAAAGAUUCUGCCCAUGGGCCGAAGAAGGUUACUGAGAAGGGUAAAGCUCAAUUAGAAAACGUAGAUGAUCAAACCGGAGACAUCAGAGGAAGAGUUAAAAAACUUGACGACAUAAGUGACCAACAAAUGAAUGAUUCCAUUCAAGAAAAGGGAAAAGUAUAUAAUGACCAAUGCACUGCAUUCAUCUCCAACCUCAAUCUCAAGGUUACCUAUGACCACUUACGGGACUUCUUCCAAGAUGUUGGUGGAGUAGUUGCAAUUCGAAUAUUGCACGAUAAGUUUACUGGAAAAUCACGGGGACUAGCAUACGUUGAUUUCUCUGAUGAUGCACAUCUUGAGGCUGGAGUUGCAAAAAACAAGCAGUUGUUGCUUGGGAAAAAGAUAAGCAUUGCACGGUCAGAUCCUAAGAAAGGAGGCCAUGGUACGGAUAAAGCUGGUGCAGGCAAGAGAUUUGAGUCGAGAAGUUCAAAGGAGUCUCAUAAAGGCAAUGAGCAACCAUCUGGGGUGAGGAGACAUGGAGGGAACAGUGUUGAUCUCAAGGGAAAGAACACGUUUGCGGUGCCUAGAAAUGUUAGAGCACUUGGUUGGACUACAGAUAAACCUAAAACCUUGGAACAAGAUGAUGAGAAGCCAAAAACCAAUGAUGAAUUCAGGAAACUGUAUUUUAAAGGCUGAAGCUGUGUUUGUUGUAACUAUUAUUUAUGGACAAAGAGAUUCUGAUGUAGAUUAGAGUUUAUCCCUAGACAUACCCAUCCCGUACCAUACCAGAAAGGAAAUUUGAUUUUUGUAAUCUCUUACAAGUGGAGUUUCGUUUAGUCAUUUACUAUGGUAUCCUAAUGUUUGGAUACCUGAUUUGGCUAUGUUGUAUAUAUAGUUCAAUCGAGAUUUUAGGCCUUUUUAUAAAAUCUAGCAGUUAACUAUAUGAUUGUGCUUUUGAUUAUUCAUGCUUGAAGAGAAGUUAUACUA